GAAGUAUGCAUGGUUUACAAUGAAUGAAUAAAUAAUGACAAAGUACUUACUGGGUGCGGUGUAUUUUCAAAAUAAUACCCCUAAAAUCUUGAGAGAUGGAAGAAGAGCAAGAAUAUUUUCACAUAUUUUGUGUUUUCUUUUUCGUUGGACGUUUGUCUAAACUGUCAAAUACCUGAACAUUGAAUUUGUGGGCACAAGUAACUGUGAUAUGGGAAAACUAUUCCAGUUUCAAAUGCGUAGUGCCUAAUAAUACAUUUUUAAGUAACAUCUUUAAAUUUCCAACAAGGAGGCCAACAGCAAUUAGAAAUUUCAACUGUUAGACAAAUACAAUUAAGUUCCUCAGUUACUGAUGCGACCAUCUACCGGUGUAAUCAGAACACGUUUUAAUAUCUGUGCAACGCAAUGGCUUUUUUAAGACAGUGCGGCACUUUAACGUUUAUCAUAGGCGAGCGUCCUGACGCCGUGUCACCUGGGAGGAUCGCUAGGCGCAUCACGGCUGGCGGACAAACAGCGGGCUCCAAGUGCCACAUGUACGGCUGUCUCAGGCUCCCAGACAAAACUCUCUCCUGACCAAGGUGGAUUUUUAUUUUUAUUCCUAUUAUUUUUUUGCCAUUUUAUCACAGUGUAUCUGUUUCAGUGUAUCUGCCUUCCCGUUUAAGCCGGUCGGGGAUGCUGAUGUAGGGGGAGAUAUCGCUGAUCUCUUAUCUCUCGGCAUCUGUACGACGGAUGAUUUGCACUUCUCGCCUGGGUGCGAAAUAAAUUUCAGUGCUUCAUCUGUACUAAAGAUAGUGAACGGUCGCUAUGGACUCGGCACCAGAGACCUGUCCGGUCCCGGACCCGACAAUUUUGGAUCCCUCGGCUCCGAAUGGACGAUGUCCCCCUCCAGAUCAGCACCCACCCAAAAGAGCAAGUCAGGGCGACCCGUUCAAUUCGGACCAGGACCAUCAGAUGAAAAUCAGCGACGGCGUAGAGGGAGAAGGUCUGCUGGAGAGCAGCACGCGCCUGAAGCCCCAUGAAGCCCAGAGCUACCGGAAGAAGGCGCUCUGGGUGUCCUGGAUCUCCAUCGUGGUGACCAUCAUCCUGGCAAUAACUAGCUUCACUGUUUCUUUCAUGAGGUACAGCGCCUCUGCGUUUGGAUUCGCUUUUGACGCCACACUGGAUGUGCUGUCUUCCAUCAUCGUGCUCUGGCGCUAUAGCAAUGCCGCCGCCAUACACUCUGCCCAGAGGGAGUACAUGGCCUGUGCAAUCCUGGGCGUCGUCUUCAUCCUGUCCUCCCUGUGCAUUAUGGGAAAAGCCAUUCAUGACCUGUCCACCAAGCUGCUUCCAGAAGUGGGCAGCUUACUCUUCAGCGUGUCCAUCAUGAGCGGGAUGGUGUGCACGGCCCUCGCCGUGGUCAAGUUCAUGCUGGGGAAGGUGCUCACCAGCAGGGCCCUCAUCACAGACGGUUUUAACUCGCUGGUCGGUGGCAUCAUGGGGUUCUCCAUCCUCAUCAGCGCAGAGGUCUUCAAGCAUCACCCCACCGUGUGGUACCUCGACGGGACAACAGGGGUCCUCAUUGGCCUCAUCAUCCUGGCUUAUGGCGUGAAGUUGCUGAUCGAUAUGGUCCCAAGGGUGAGACAGACCAGGAACUACGAGCGCUUUGAGUGACGGAUGAAUUGCCUUCUUUAUGUCACUCCCCAGAAAGACUCAGAGGACCCACUGAAAGCAGACCUUUAGGUGCCCGUGGUAUUUCAGUUAAAAGCAAGCAAUCCAUUGCUGAAACGUGCCCCCAUCCCCUUCUUGGAUUCUUUUAAGUCCAAACCCAGUCUAUCCCAUAAUAGCCCAAGAGCUCCUAGGAGCUGCAAGGAGGGAGAAAUCAUGCCUUUGCUGUCACCAUUGAGUUAAACAGAGGCUGCCUGGUCCAGUGCCAAAACCUGCUCUUCUGAUCAUGCCCAGCAGGGCGGCGCUACUGUUAUUCAUCAAACAUAUCAAGAAAAAAACUACACUACAUCUCCUUAAAUUUAAAACUGCAUGUAAUGUUGACACUAAUCUGCACAAUAUCUGCUUAGGUUUCAAAACAAUAUAAAAUAUUUAAAAGUUUCAAGCAGCCCCUUUAAAGGGUGGACCAUCUACUGCCACCCCCAAAAAGUCUCUACAUCUUUUGCUUAAAUGGUUGACCCCCCUGUGAGACUUGGAGAGAGAUGAGUAGAUGGGCCACCUUAGCGUCCUCCUGUCCGGCACUGGAGAACCAGGGACCCAGUGCCACGUUCUCUCGGCAGGCCCCAAAGUUAAGUGGGAGGUCAAGGUGGCAUUGACCUUACAACCUGGCGAUAAAGACAGCAUCGCCACCCUGCUGGACCUGACGAUACCCUGACAGCCAGGAGGUAGCAGAAAACCGCAGUGGAGCAUGAUCAUCGCCAAAACAGCGGCACAGGAAAAUCCAAGGCUAAAUCCAUGGUAUUUCUUGGCUGCUGAAGGGGCUUCAUGUCGCCUGAGAGGUGUGGAGGAAAAACAGACCACAGGGCCACUUGACAGCUGCCCCUGUAGGAUCUCACUCUCUCUCUUACCUGUAACCCAGAUGUUAUCUUACAAAGAACCGUAAUCCCCCCCCCACCCCUGCCAGAUGUCCACUCUGUAUCUGACUUGUCUGAAGGGCAAAUUUGGUUUUGGCUCACAGGAUCAAUCAUCAGACUUUCAGGAAAGAUCUUGCUUAAAAAUAAUUAUAGCAACCUGUUUACCUUUUCCUGAGAGGGCACAAAGGAAAUCGAUUUAACAUUUGUUCUAUACUGACUUAAAGUCACAGAUUGAAAUCCUUGUUCGUUUCAUCGUUGAACAAAGUGAAAACCUCCUUUCACACAAGUCCUUGUAUUUCUAGAUUUUAUAAUCGCCUGAGGGUUUGUAUCCCCUCCAUGAUAGGAGUCCAUGUAAUCAGAAUGCCGCGAGACAGCGGAUAGAGGGUAGCAGUCUGAUAGGGCAUUCCCACACCUCAAACUCCUCGUACAGGAACCCCAAACAGAGAGGCAAGUUUAUUAUUUUUUUUAAGCCAUGGGAUGCACUGGUUUUGUGUUGUGCUGUUUCUGAGUGAAAUACCAGCACCUUUUGUAUAUAGUUUAUUAUAUAUUAUCCAAAAAAUGCAGAAUGUGCAUUCAUGGGACUCGUCUGUCCUGGCAGAUGUUUGUAAGAUAAAGAGUACCCCCUCCGCUCCAGACGAAGACUGUAGGACCUCCUCCGGUGAGGCAUCGCCGGCAUUAGCCGUAGAUUUCUAGCUGUGCGUUUAGUUGUGGAUUCCCCCCCCAUGUAGGACUGCGCCCAGCGGAAUCAGAGUUUGAUUUACCGUUAGCAAACCGCUCAUUUUAAGUUGACAGCCUGCUUUUCAGACCGGCCAAUAGCACACCGGUUCCUUGAACAGGAAGCCGACAGCACAGUAUUAACUUUUGUAGCACGUUUACAUCCUGAUCACCUUGCCGUUUGCAGCCCCCCCCGAAGAAGCACAAGGUGCGGAGUAGGGGGAGAACAGCACAGCCCUCACAUCCAGGGAGGGGGCUCGGAACAAACAGGCCUUAAGCUGUACUGACAACAAUCAUAAGUGUGAAGCCCUGAAGCCAGUUUCAUGGGAUCCACCUCAUUAACAUUCUAAUAUCGGUUAAGUGGCCAUUUGUGUCGUGAGUGUAAGACGAUAGGCGUUUAGGACAUUUGUACACACUGUAACGUGCUGGUACACUGUGCAGGUAGUAACACGACUAAGCAUAGAGUAUUUAUUGUUACCCAGUAUAUUUAAAUAAUUUGACAGUACUAUCGGUGUAUGUACAGAACAUUUUGGAAACGUUUCAGAACUUUUCUUCUGUAUGAGUGGACAUUUUGUUGAGAAAUGGUUGUAUGUAAAAUACUUGAAUGUUUGCACACACAUGUAGGUCACAUGACAUACUGAAAGCCCCCCCACUCAGGAAGUCCAUGCUAAUGGUCCGGAACCAGAAAAGGGGAGGGGCUUUAAUUUGUACUUCUUCUCUGUCUCCCUCACUCACAAGCACACAAGAAGUGGCCAGACGGACUGACUGUUGAAAGUAGACAUUAUGUGGUUUUAGAGCUCACUCCAGCUGGGGACCUUUUGCAUGACCCAAAACACAACCUCCUGGAUGCAAAUAUGCCUUCCAGUGUGCCAGUAUCCUGCUUUGAUGCUACCUUACGCACACACACCACACCAAUUAGGCAUCUAUAUCUUUGUGGGGACACUGUUCAUUUCACUUCUGUCACACCUUUUUAAACAUAAGUAGCCAAACAAAAUACAAGAGUUUUGGCUUGUUUAGUUUUUGAUUGCAUUCUCAGUUCUGUAUAGUUUCCCCCCUUGUGGGGACCAAAAAAUAUCCCCACAAGGGCAAACUAACAUUAUCAUCACAUUGUGUUUGGUCCCCACAAUGUAAUAAAUACAUCCCCACACACACACACACACAUGCAUUUCUGUCUGAGGACUUCAACACAGUGACUGAUUCCUAAAUCCAUCCUGAAAGCUGAUAAAGGGAAAGCAGUUUGUUCAAAGCAGAUCUAGUUACCAGAGUGACACAUAUGUGGACAUGCAUUUACACACGCACACACACACAUGCACACAUGUGCUGGAGACAAGAGCACAGAUCACGAAAACAGCAGCAGUCUUCAGUGCCGGGUGCUGUCUGAGUGCUGUACGUGAUGUCUCAGUAUGGAUGUGAUUACCGUACCGUGGGUGAUGUGUACACUCAUACAUAUACAUAUAUAUAUAUAUAUAUAUAUAUAUAUAUAUAUAUAAAUUUUUUUCCCCAUUUAUAUUGAUCACUCAUGCAACACAAAGACUGUCACAGAAAAAGGUUUAUUAAAAAUAAAGUUUUAUCCUGCUUAUUCAUCAAGAACAGUGAAAACGAGCUGUCUUUCCUCUGUUUGCAUUUCAUCAUACACCAUGUCUGGAAUAAUCACCCAUUUCUGCAGAUUCCUGAACCAGCUAACAAACUACAUAAAAUGCAAAUGUUGUAAUGAAGAAAAUGCGUGACAGUUGGCAGAGGGCGCCUGAAUGUCGCAACUAACAGCACGUUAUAAUAAUGCACACUUAACUCUCUGUCAGUGCCUACACAAGGAGGAUGAAAUAAACUCAUACGUUUCUGUUCGUCAUCCAAAGGUUUAUUCAACCAAGCAAAUGCCAAGGUCCAGCCCGCUGAAAUAAAAAAGGCAACACUAAAACCAAGGAAGGAGCGAGAGAGAGAGAGAAAGCAGUAUUAACCUGAUCCUGUUUGCUUGAACAGACUGGUAGCUGUAUUUAAAUGCACUUUAAGCACCUGCGUGUAAAUGUCUUGUAAUAGUUUGAACAGAAACUCAGAUGCACAGAUCCAUUGAUAAAUCUUAAUUUCAAAAGGUAACAUCUAACGUAGAGAGGAGGGACACAUUUCUUCGGUCCUUCUCCCUUCAGUUGAGGUACACAUUAGACUAAAGGCUAUACAUUCGCAUUGUGGUCAUACUGUAUAGUUACCAAUAAAUAAAUAAAUAAGGCAUAAGUGCCACGUGAUAAUCUUAAGCUGAGGGUUCGAGGAUGACAUUCACACGUGAGCUGUCAGCUAUGACGCUUGUUUUCUUCCCUAAUUCACUGAUAUUUUUUUUUUAAAAACUCCUCUCAUAUCUGUGGGCCAUAUUGUCUGACACACAUCACUUUAAAAACAGUUCCCUUCACAAUUAGAUUGUGUCUAAAAUUACUCCAGAGGAUCUAUCAUUUAUAUAUUAUAGUUUCCCCCCCCCCC